AUGAUAUUUCCAAAAUCGUUGAUACCCAUCUUAUCUGCGCCUCGUCGAGACCCGACAUUCGUACACCCUUGCAUCGGUCAUUGCUCCACGCUCAAACCUUCCCGCUCUCGUCCGAACGAGCGUCGAACAGCCUCCUCGCCCAGAGCAAUAGCUGAACCGCUGCACUACGAAUCACGAUUGUCCUCGACGCCGUCCGCAGCGUCGUGCCUACCCUUAGUCGCCAAGCUGUUUUCCUCCAUUCUCGACGUCUUCUCGCCUUUUCGGAGGAAAUUCGCUGCCGCAGAUCAUUCCCGCACGCAGCAGCAAGCUUCCGCCUCUCUUUCCAGUUCGCCGCAGACCCUCGCUGAUCCUGACGCUGUUGAGGAUCCAGCAAUCACCGACAUGGCCAUGACACCGCGCAGGGGGAGGAGCGCUUCGGCGAGUCAGUCCCCGGCGAAAUCAAAUGGGCGCAAGAAGCCCAUCCACAUCGGCCUCUCAGAUGAUGACGACAGCGAAGUUGAGGAGAAGAAGAAGCCUGCCAGGAGAGGUCGUCCUUCCAAAACGAAGCAGCCAAUCGAGGUAGUCGAUGAUGAUGAUGAUGACGACGAUGACAGUGUACAAGCAGAGGACGAAUACGUGGUUGAAGCCAUCCGCAAACACGAAAACCUCAAAGGCUCCGAAUCUUGGGGAUUCCAAUACCUGAUCAAGUGGAAAGACUACCCCGAGGAAGAGAACACAUGGGAGCCAGAAGGACACAUUCCGGACAACAUCAUCGACGCCUACUGGAAGACGCAGCCCGCGAAGUCACAACCUAAGAAAUUUGCGCAAGAAUCAAAGCGCAAAUCCAGGUACGACGAUGGCGUCGAGGAGGUCGACGACAGCGAAUCGGAAGAUGAAGCGGCCUCGACCAGCAACCGCAGGGCCGGCAACGGGCGCAAAAGCGCGGCCUCAUCCACGAAACCCAGUUCGGCAAAGAGGGCUCGACGCUCAUCAACCGCAGAAGAGGAGGAAGAGGAGGAAGAGGAGGAAGACGAAGAGAACGCAGAGAUGUCCACGAAGCGCGCACAGGACAAAGCACGAGCGCUCGAAAAGGUCCGCGUUCGCUUCCUCGACCACUACAUGAAACGUCAGAAUUGGGAUGAAUGCGUCGAUAGCAUCAUCAAUAUGCAGCGAAGCGAGGACGAUAGCCAAUUGCAGAGCUUCGUCCAAUUCGAGCAGUCGUCCUCUUGGACAAAGGCGAUGGACUCGAUCGGAGCGCCCGAAGAAGCCGACGGCAAGGGUCCGAGGAUCUGUGUCGACAACGACGUGGUCAACGAGCGAUGUCCGCAGCGGGUCAUCAAAUUUUACGAGCAGCACAUCCGAUUCGCCAACCCGCGUGCCGCACAUUAG